AUGUUCGGCUUCAAACCCUCACUCCUGCAAGCUGUGAUCAUCCUAACAUGGAUUCUUCAAUACUGGACCUUCGGAAGUGUUGUUUUAUGGUACAUUUUCGGAGUUUGCUGGUUGUCUGCUGUGGUUCUUGGAGUAGCGACUUAUGACCAUGAUUACUGGAGGUCCAGAGGAAUCUUUUCUCCACCAGCGUGGCCUGUGGUGGGCCAUAUACCGUCGGUGGUCAUGUUUAAAGAGCAAGGAGGGAUGUGUUUCAAGAGGAUCUAUGACACGUACAAAAAUGAAAGGUUUUUGGGGACCCAUCAAUUCUUCCAGCGCACGUUGGUGAUUCGCGACCCUGAGCUAAUCAAGAGGAUUUGCGUGAAUGACUUCCAGCAUUUCGUGGACCGAGGGUUCUUCUUCAAUAGUGAUGUGGACCCGCUGGCUGGGUCCGUGCUCUUUCUGCGAGGAAACGAGUGGAAAAGACUGAGGGCGAAGAUAUCUCCUAUAUUCUCCCCAAACAAACUAAGAGGAAUGUUUCCAUUAAUCGAAAACACAGCGAGCGAAUUCGUCAUUAGACUAAGAAAUCUUAUCACUAAAACAAAAAAAACAAUACACAAGAAAGAUUACCAUACUGAAAACAGUCAUUCUGUAGAAAACGAUAGUGAAACAUAUGAUAAUACAAAAGAUGAUCGUGAUAAAGAACAUGGGAAUGAUGUCGAAAAUUUUGUUGUUGUCGAUUCGGAGAAGCUAGUAGGAGGAUAUACAGCUGAUGCGAUAGUGCCUUGUGCCUUCGGUUUGAAGAGCGGCGUGAUGGACAAUGAGAAGGAUCCCUUUGCGGUAGCUUUACACGCCUUCUACGAGAUGUCGCUUUACAAUAUAUUUGAAAAAACGAUGCGUCAAUUUUGGCCGGCCUUUGUAUUGUUCUUCAGAAUGAGAAUUAUACCUAAGAAAACUCACGACUUCUUCUACAACAUUGUUACCACCGUAUUAAGGGCUAGAGAGAGUGGUACUCAGGAGAAAAGAGGAGACUUCAUCGACAUGAUGAUGGCUCUGAGGAACGAUGAAAAAAAUAACAAUAAGUCUGAUUCGGAAGAUGUGGAAAUUACUGACAUGGUGAUUUCUGCAAACGCAUUCAUCAUAUUUUUGGGUGGAUUUGAGACCACUUCAUCAACUCUAGCGUUUCUAUUCUUGGAACUAGCUGCUCAUCCACACGUCCAGGAUAAAAUGCGGGCGGAGAUACAAGAGGUGCUGGACAGGAACGGCGGGAACGUGACGUAUGAGGUCCUGCAGGAGCUUACCUACAUGGAAAUGGUGAUACAAGAGACUUUACGUCUGUAUCCGCCGUUUCCCAGCAUCCAGCGCAUGUGCACGAAAGACUACACAAUCCCAGACACUACCAUAGUGGUGGAGAAAGGCACCAUCGUGCUGUUCCCUACAUUAGGGAUACAGAGGGACGAACAGUAUUUCGAGCACGCCAACUCAUUCAUUCCUGAACGUUGGACGGAGGGCAAUCCCGUUCCUCCUCCGGGAGUGUAUAUGCCGUUUGGUGACGGACCGCGGUAUUGCAUAGGAAAACGGUUCGCCAUGAUCCAAAUGAAGACCUGUCUAGUCAGAGUGCUGCAGCACGUCCGCAUCGGUCCAGCGCCGCGCGACGACUGGCCAUCUCCGCCGCGCGCCGAGCCCUUCAAGGCUGAUCCUCGUUCCCCUCUCACACUUCACCCCGCUGAAUCUUUAGUCAAGCUCAGCCUUUUAUGACGAACCUGAGUCGAAAGAAGUUAAUGACCAAAUAUUAUAAAAAUAAUCGCAUGUUACCAAUUACUUUGUUAGUAAUAAAUAUAAUGAUGUAUGUUU